AUGGGAGUGAAUUCUCUCUGGGAUAUAGUAGGACCCGCUGCUCGACCCGUGAAGCUCGAGGCGCUCUCCAGGAAAAAAUUGGCUGUGGAUGCCUCCAUAUGGAUUUACCAGUUCUUGAAAGCCGUAAGAGAUAAAGAAGGCAACUCUCUUGGUCAAACCCACAUCGUGGGAUUUUUCCGGCGAAUUUGCAAAUUGCUCUACUUCGGAAUUCUUCCUCUAUUUGUUUUUGAUGGUGAUGCUCCUCCGUUGAAGAGACAGACUAUCCAGAAAAGAAAAGACCGAAGACAAGGCAACCGUGAGAAUGCACUCACAACUGCUCAAAAAUUGCUUGCUAUCCAAGUCCAAAGACAGGCUCAAGAUGCUGUGAAGACAUCUAAGCUGAAGAAAGCACCCAGUAAGUCGGAGGACACUGAAGUAUACCUUGAGGAUCUACCUAUUCUUCAUCCAGAACAUGCGAGGCUGGCCUCUAAGAGCCCAGAGCCAGUGUUGAUCGAGAGUUCUCCGGUGAAAAAGUUUGUAAAACGAGACGAGUACCAUCUUCCUGAACUCAAGCAGUUCACAGUUCUGAAAUCAGAUUCGCGUAUCAUGCCAGCUAGCGAGUUUAAUGAAUACGCUGAUGACGCGAGUUUCGAUGUGGUGGACGGAGUAGAUAUCAACUCCGUGGACCCGAAAUCCGAAGCAUUCAGUGAGUUGCCCUUGGCCACACAGUAUAUGAUUUUGUCACAUUUACGACUCCGAUCGAGAUUGAGGUUGGGCUACUCUAAAAACCAAUUGGAAGAGCUCUUCCCCGACAGCAAAGAUUUUUCCAAAUUUCAAAUCCAGCAGGUACAGAAGCGGAAUUUCUAUACUCAAAGGCUUAUGAACGUGAGCGGGAUGGGUGAGGAGAGUGGUAAUGCUACGAGAAGAAUCGCAGGCGAUAAGGAUAAACAUUAUGCAUUGGUGAACACCGGAGACGGAUGGACGCUUUCUUUGGGAGGCGAAGACUCAUCUGAACCAAUUGAGCUUGAUGAAAAUGGCGAAAUGAAAGUGAAAACAAAGGAAUUAGAGACAAUCGAAGAGGUAAGAAAACCAACUUUACCAGAAAGUGAUAACGAUAGCGAUGAUUUGGAGGACGUUCCAUUACAUGAGAAUAAUGAUGGCGAUGAUGCUGAGAUAGAUAAGGCGGUAAUUGAGUCAAUUUACGAAAGGUUCAAAGGUGACUACGAGAACGAGCAACCAGAAGAGUUUGAUCCGGUGGAACUCAAACAGGCGAUCGAGCUGUCAAAAUCAGAAUAUUUGAAGCUGAAGAACGAAGAAGAGAAACUCCAAAAAGUAUUCACGCAAGCAAUUGCGAAAGGAGAAUUUGAUUUUGGCCAAUCCCUUUUAUUCGGUGGAAGUGAACCACAAGUUGAACACGUUGCUACUGAUAUUGUUGGGAACUCAGAGCAAGUAAGCCAUUCUGCGCCUCCUAAUAUUCAGUUGGAAGAAAUCGAAAUACUGUCGGAUGAAGAGGUAAUAGAGCCCAUUCCGAAAGAACCAACCCCACCCAAGGAAAUACCGUCCUGGUUUGCUGAUCAUGACGUUCAGGUCAACAAUCCUCAUUCUCUUAAUGAGUUCUAUAACGAGGAGUCCGUGAGUAAGAGACCAGUCAGUGAAAACGAACAAGCCGGAAUUAUUUCAUGGUCGGAAGCUCUAGAGAUGAUCGACGAACAGCCUGAAGGGACAAAGGAGGUCACUAUCAGCGAAGAGGUUGAACUGCAAGAUAAUUAUAGCUCAGACAUCGAGGAGAUCGCAGAAAUCCCAACUCCUCAGAAAUCAGUUUCCAAAACUGCGGAACUGAGCGAAAAGAAGCUCCAGAAGGAGCCCCUUGCUCUUUCCUCAGGAAUUUCGUCAACUCAGAGGGCUUCAGAUAGCUCACAUAGACCAGGAAAGACAGAAGCUGCCAAUGAAAUCCUACAGAGUCCAAGUAAAAAAAGUGUCACUGAUCUGAAAAAGAAGGACAAAAGGGCCAAAGUGAUCGACUAUGACUUUGAAGAAGAAGACGAGGAGCAACUCGUACGUCAACUCAGGGACGAGGAGGAGCAACACCAAGAGUUCACGGCUAAAAUCGGUGCUCAGCAUCACAUUUCUACUGGAACUAGAGUCACUGAUGAGCAGUUACUCCAAGAGAAGUUGCAAAAGGCUAAACGAGACUCAGAUGAGGUUUCGGAAACAAUGAUUAGUGAAGUGCAAGAACUCUUAAAACGAUUUGGCAUACCAUACAUCACUGCGCCAAUGGAGGCUGAGGCUCAAUGUGCUGAGUUGUUCAAGUUAGGACUUGUUGAUGGAAUAGUUACUGAUGAUAGCGAUUGCUUUCUAUUCGGAGGCAGUCGGAUUUACAAGAAUAUGUUUAAUCAGAAGCAAUAUGUGGAAUGCUACAUUUCGGAAGACAUCCAGAACACGAUUGGGCUUGAUAAUGACAAGCUCAUCGAUCUUGCUCUUUUGCUUGGUAGUGAUUAUACAGAGGGUAUCAAGGGAAUUGGUCCUGUACUUGCCAUGGAGAUCCUAGCUGAAUUCGGGAACCUUCAGAAUUUCAAGCGAUGGUUUGACGAGCAUACGCAAGUGCAGCAGAAUAAAACAAUAAAGCCAACAUCACUCGAGAAGAAUUUACUUAAUAAGGUUAGAAACGGCAAACUUUUCCUUCCAGAUAACUUUCCUGAUCAAGUGGUGAGAGAAGCAUAUAAACAUCCGGAAGUAGAUAGAGAUGACAGUGAGUUCAAGUGGGGGAUACCCAGCUUGGAUCAGAUACGAUCAUUCCUCAUGUAUAAUGUUGGAUGGAGUCAAAACAAAGUGGAUGAAGUUAUGAUUCCUCUCAUCAGAGACAUGAAUAAGAAAAGAGCAGAGGGGACACAAUCGACUAUUGGGGAAUUCUUCCCCCAAGAGUACAUAUCUUACAAGAAGGAGGUUAAUUUAGGCAAGCGGAUGAAGAUAGCUGCCACCAAAUUGAAGAAAUAG